AUGCUCCUCUGGGCCGUCUCCUUCAUCAUCCCCAGCUUCACCGACGUCGAGCUCGACAGACCGUUCCAGACGUACAUCUACUCCCUCAACCUCAACCACGCCCUACUUGCCGCCGUCAACGUCAUGGUUGGAUAUGAUCAACGAGGCAAACACCUCGGCUUUGGCGAGCUGUUCGAGCGCGGCAGCUCCAACUUCAACCUGGCCAGCGCGCUGAUAAUGCUCAUUAUUGAUUGUGUUUGGAUGCACUUGUACGCGUGGACGGUUGACCAGAGCCGAAAAGCCGAGGGCACCAAGUGGUUCAAGGAAUGGAUGAAAGAGAUGAGGGGCCACUACCACCUCGAGGGCGAGCAGGUCAAGCCGGAGGUGAGGAAGGGCCUUGUCGAUGAAGUUGACCAAGUUCGGUCCUCGAAAGUGGCCGAUAUUGAGGUGGAGGCGCUAACAAAGAAAUACGGGCUCACCGGCGGCUACGGGCUCAUUGACAUGAAUUUGCGAGCGACGAGAGGACAGGUUACUGUACUUCUUGGGCACAACGGCGCCGGCAAGAGCACAGCGUUCAACGUCAUUUGCGGCAAGACGAAGCCAACGUUUGGUACCGUCCACGUCGAGGGCCCCAUUGGCCUGUGCCCCCAGACAAACCCGCUCUUCGCGAAGCUGUCCGCCCGCGAGCACCUCUGGUUCUUCCACCACCUCAAGGGCUCAUCGGGAGACUGGGAGGAAGAGGCCGAGAGGCUGAUGCACGACCUCGACUUUUACGACGCUAAGGAUGAGCUCGCCCAAAACCUGUCCGGUGGUACAAAACGGAAGCUGUGCGUGGCGAUGGCCGUCAUUGGGGAUCCGAACGUGAUACUUCUGGAUGAGCCGACAGCAGGGAUGGAUCCUGGAGCGAGGAUUGCCGUGGAGAAAUUGUUGCAACGAGUCAAGAAAGAUCGCACCAUUCUCCUGACGACCCACUUCAUGGACGAGGCGGAGAAGGUCGGCGACUGGGUGACGAUCAUCCAGAGCGGCCGCAACAUCCUCAACGGCUCCCCGGAAUACCUGAAGAAGAAGUACGGCACCGGCUACAUUCUGACGGUCGUCGGAAGUCCGGUGGUGGACGGCGUGAUUCAGGAUACGACGGCUCGAGUGGAUUACCAGGCGAAUGCU